AAAAACUCUCACACACACACGUACUCCUGCGUACGAAACACACACUCGACAAGCCUUCUCCACAGAGGUGCUACGGUCACACACGGACGGACGACGACGGAAGCGUUUAAUUUCGGCCCUUGCGUAGAGAAGAGAGAUAUUAGACGCAGCGAUGCAGAGCGCAGCUGGAUUUCGGGGGUUGCUGGCGCCGGUGGCGGUGCUGGUGAUGGAGAUGGCGAUCAUGGCGGUGUUGGUGCCAGCGGUGCUCAGCGCCCCCUUCACCCCGGACCAGGACCCGAGACGGACAAGUGACGGGAAAGCGCUGUACGCGAUGCCCAGCAGUGCGGACACAGCAGAGAAAACCGUGUCCUCCAUCAGCAGUCCUGAGAGGCGAGAGAAGUUCCUGAAGGUCCUCCUGGCCCUGGAGGAGCUUCAGAGGUCCAUCAGUGUGGGCGGAAAGAUAACCAUGGUGCAACGGGGUAACAAAUCUAGUCAUCGAGGUGGAGGAAAAAAGAACAAAGCGGUGGUAUCGGAGGACGCCCAGCGAGCUGCCACACUGCCCCCAGUGGAUGGGGGUGGUACAGAUUCAGGACCCAGUGAUCGCCCACCAGGACCCCAAAACCGGGGAGGGAAGGACAUUAAAAAAUCCCACCCUCAAUCCCCAAAAAAACCUAAUAAGAGAGUUUGCUUCUGGAAGUACUGCUCCCAAAAUUGACCUGCACCCUGCACCCUCCACCCUCCACCCCCUCUCCCUGUGGAUCCCCACACCUGACCCUUUGAGAGGAGAGCCCCCAGACUGCUCGCUCCCCCGACCGCAGCGCUUAGCAACGCUGUAAGGCGCCGACAAAGACCUUUUCAACAGGUCAUUAGUAACCUUACUGACAGUACUGCCGCCCAGUGCGGCUCGACUUGUGUACAUUUGACAUUGUACAUGCAACUUCUAACAAA